AGUGAAGAGUCGCCAUGAUUCUCCCACUCCAGACAGAUACAGGUUAAGAUCCUCCCUGAAAGUGAAUAUUUUUAUUGGAAACAGUGACUCUGAAAGGAAAUUAACCUCAGGACCGAUGGAGUUGGAAGCCACAGAACUCUGUCCUUAUGACCCAAACCACAGGGUACCAGCUAGCAGGUUACAAUACCAUCUGGCAUCAUGCAAAAAGAAAAAUCCGAAGAUAGCUAAAAAGAUGGCUAACUGCAAGUAUAACGCUUGUCAUGUGGUCCCAAUCAAAAGGCUCAAGGAACAUGAGGCCAACUGUGUCAACAGAAGUGCAGUUGAUGACGAGCCCUUUAAUCUUCCAAAGGUCACUCCCCCAAGUUUUGAAGGAAAUGAAAACUCCAGUGCUGGUGAUCAGAUCACUGACCCUGACGUCUGGAAUGUGGAUCAUAUGCAUCAUUCUCCUUCAUUUGUUCUUGAGACGUUUGCUCCGAAAAAGCUGGUUUGUGAAAGUGACUCAAGAGACCUACAACAGGCUGAUAAGUAUCCUAGCAGCUACAAGUCCUGGGGAAGAGGUCAGAAAAACUGAUGGAGACAUUGCAAAUUAAAGCGCCAGCA